AUGGCGGACCUUCAUGCCUCCGCAGCGGGCAAUAAUGCAUCUUCCACCAGCUCCAGCACCUCCUCAAACCCACAAUUUACUCCAGUUUCGUAUGGCUCAGAUGAAGGUCAUCCAGCACCAGCGCCCACAAAAUCCCCCAUGGGCUCAUUGCGACUGGAAACCAACUUUGAUGACCAUCUAGAUGUUGGCGAUCCUCUAUCCGAUUUCGAGAAUGACGGCGACUACAACACCAGAGCGGAGCUUGAGGGUAAGCUACCGCGGAGUGGUCUAGGCCCGAGAUACACAUUAGAGGAGGAGAGCGAAGUAGUGAGGAAAUUUGAUCGACGGCUGGUUCCGUUUCUCGCCCUUCUAUACUUGCUCGCCUUCCUGGACCGCUCAAACAUCGGAAAUGCAAGAAUAGCAGGACUACAAGACGAUCUACAACUUUCAUCUUCGCAGUAUGAAUGGCUACUUACUGCUUUUUAUAUUACUUACAUUCUCUUCGAAUGGAUGACACUGAUGUACCGUGUCGUUCCUCCGCAUAUCUAUAUCUCUUUAUGUGUGUGUGGAUGGGGACUUGUCGCAUCGUUCCAGUGUCUAGCUACUUCUUUUUGGGGCCUGGUUGUUCUCCGGGCGCUGCUCGGAAUCACCGAGGCGGCUUUUGGCCCAGGUGUUCCGUUUUACCUGUCUUUGUUCUAUCGCAGACAUGAACUGGCUUUCCGUAACGGACUGUUUAUCUCAGCGGCACCGCUCGCGACAUCUUUUGCCAGCAGUCUGGCCUACUUGAUUGUCAGAUUUAGCAGCGAUGGCCCGAUCUCGCCGUGGCGAACUCUGUUCCUUGUGGAGGGAUUUCCGAGUGUAAUUGUUGCGGUGUUUGCUUGGUUUUUGAUACCGGACUCCCCUGGUCGGGCUCGAUUUCUUAGUCGCCGACAAAGAGUGGUAGCUCAGCAGCGUCUCGAAGAAAGCACAGACGAUUACCAGCAAUCAUAUGGAAGUCGAUUUAACUGGCGAGAAAUUCUCAAAACUGCAGCGGAUCCCAAGGCUUAUAUGGCGGCCUUCAUGUUCUUCAGCUGUAACGUUGCUUUCAGCUCCAUGCCUGUCUUUUUGCCCACUAUAAUCAAAGACAUGGGAUAUUCCUCCUUACAAGCCCAAGCCCUCUCAGCACCUCCCUAUCUCGUCGCCUUUGUCGUAGUCCUCCUCACCGCAUACGCGUCAGACCGAAGUCGCUCCCGAAGCCCAUACCUAAUAGCCCACGCCCUCAUCUCGUCGCUCGCCUACUUAGCGAUUGCAGCAACGGGUUAUUUCCACUCACGUCUGCCACAAUGGCUUCACAUAUCCAUCCGCUACAUAUGUGUCUACCCCGCCACGGCCGGGUUUUUCUCCGCAAUCACUCUCAUCAUCACAUGGUCAAUGGAUAACCGAGUCGAAAAGGAAGGCAAAGGCGCCAGCAUUGCCAUUCUCAAUAUCAUCGGACAGUGUGGGCCCCUACUUGGGACGAGACUGUAUCCUGAGACCGACGGGCCGUGGUAUACUCGGGGCAUGGCUACUUGCUCGUUUUUCAUGGUUGUUACUGCGAUCUUGGCUGUGGGGCUGCGGAUUGUUCUACAGCGGAUGAAUCGGGCGGCUUCCGAAACGACUUAUACUAUUGUACAGGCUGGUCCUGUUGAUCAGGGCGAAGAGCGGGAUGUGCUUAUGGGUGGUGGAAGAAGGGAUGAUCUAGAGCAUUCUACUGGGGAUAGAAGGCUUGUGUACAUCAUAUAG